GUCUGUGCGCGGGCUCUAACCUCUCUGUGUGUGUGCGCGUGUGUGUGUGUGUCAGCAUGUCGGACAUGGCGCACGAGCCGCCGGACUUUAAGGAGAUGGGUGAGGAGGAUCUGUGGGAUCGGAUUAACGAUAACAGGCUCGCGAUCUGCCUGGGCGUGCGGCCCGGCGUGCUCAUCCCCUACCUGCGGCAGGCGCGCGUGCUCAACGACCUGGACGAGGACGAGAUCCUCACGUGCAUGAAGUUCACCAACUACAGCCUGAGGACCAGCCACAUGCUGGACCUGCUGCGUAUUCAGGGGCGUAACGGAGCCAUGGCUCUGCUGGAGGGUCUGAUGAUCCACUACCCCGCCCUCUACACUAAGGUCACCGGCUGCAAACCCAGCACCGAGCCCAGCCGCUUCAGCGGGUUGAUAAAGUACUCGGAGCUGACGGAGUACUUGGUGCGCGCGGUCACAGGGAUGCAGAAGGAGCUGCAGACGGAGCGCGAGGAGGCGGUGCAGCUGCGCGCGCAGUGUUCCAGCCUGCAGACGGAGCUGUCGCGCGUCACACAGCAGCUGGAGGAGCAAAAAACACUGCAGACUGAACACACACGCCUGCGCAAGUCCCACGCAGAUAUGUACAGAGACCUGUUGAAGCUGAAGGAUGAAAAGUGUGAUCUGUACGUACGCUACGCCGCAGCAGUGGAGGAGAAAUCAGAAGUCAACAUCCGCUGCAGGGAUCUUAACCUACAGGUGUAUCAGCUGCAGUGUGAGCUGAGAAAGGCUCAGGUGGAGACAGACUUUCAGCGACACCGCUCAGUGAGGAGAGCGUCCGCCAGUGACGCGCAGCAGCUACGUGACGAGAUCAUCACACUGCGCAGACAACUGCAGCACGCUGAGAACAUAACACCGGCGUGUCAGGACAUCCUGGCCCAGGAUUUGGAGGAAUCGCGGGAUUGUCGCACUGAACUCGCGGAGGAGCUGCGGAGACUUCAAGACGAGAACGAGACGCUAACAAGGGGGAGACGCGAGCUGUUAGAGGAGAAGGACUGUCUGGCCCUGCAGGUGCAGAAGCUGACUCUGGACUGUGAGAUGUAUCAGCAGAAAAGCUCCGCCUUCCAGACCCAGUUUGGAGAGCUUCAGGCCGAGCGAGACCGGGCGUACCUGGCGCGUGAUGAGGCGCAGACCCAGAUCGCGUGUAGCCUGGCGGAGAAGGACACGCUGAGAGCGCAGCUGGUGGACCUACAAGAGGAGAUCUUCACUCUCCGAGCACAGAAGACACAGAGGGAGCCCAGUCAGUCCAGCGAUCAUUCGUUAAGCUGGGACAUCCAUGAGAGUCCUCCGCCGAGGCGGCUUCGACUGCGCCGCAUGAACGCCGUGCCUCCCGGCUGCACCAGCACCUACGAGUGGACUAAAGCACUGAGUGAAGAUGGCUUGAGUAGUUCGCGGUCCAGUUUAGUGGAGCCUCCCUGUUCAGACUCCCUGCGCAGGAGAAGCAUGGACCCGGAUCUAAGUGAUAACAGCAGUGAAGAGUCGUUUUGUAAGCUCUCCUUGGAGACCGAUAUUCCAUGUUUUUUCAAAGAUGAGAACGAGGGGAAAACCACACUGUCCCCCGACUCUCUGGAAACAACUGGCUAUUCCCGAGCGUUGGCUCCUCCGUUCCUGGUGCGUUCCCGUCCUCAGGCUGUGCGCAUCACCAGCCGAGCCCUGACUCUGUCCUUCCAGGGGGAGGCGCUGCUGAGCCAGCUGCAGGUCAUCGGCGGGAACAGGACGGGCGUCUUCGUCCAUCAGGUCACCGAGGGCUCGCCUGCGCACGUCGUCGGCAUCAACCCCGGGGCGCAGAUCCUGGAGGUGACGUUCCAGAAGGAGCAGCAAGCGCUCCGGAUGCACCUGGAGGAUUCCACCAUGGAGGAGGCUCUGUGGGCGCUCGGGCAGGUCAACGGGCCCUGCAGCCUCUCCCUGCGUCCGAAACAAGAUGCCUAUCAGACUCUCCUCCAGCAGCUGAACAGCUGUGAGGUCACCUCGGGCGACUCCUUCUACGUCCGGGUCAACAUGUCGCUGCAGGGGGGCGGGGCCGAGACGCUGUCCGUCACCUGUAACGACAUCCUGCACGUGACGGACAGUCACUUCGGCCAUGAAGGUUACUGGAGGGCGAGCCACGUUGACAGCUGUCAGCUGAUCGACCUGAAGAGUGGGCGUGUCCCUAAUUUCUACAGAGCGCAGAGGCAGUUAAUCAGAGCGAUUGAGGAGCUUUCAUUUCAACAACAAGCACCCAAGAGGAUGGAGAGGGCAAAGGUGAAGCAGAAGACUGUGCGAAUCAUCAGUACAGCACGACAGGGCCGGAACCCUUUGUGGGUCAGUGUGGAGGAGGACAACAAUGCAAACUCACCACGCGAUGACGGUAAGUCCGGCUCGGUGAGUCUGAUGCCCUACACCCUGGUGACCCCUCACUACCCCCCCGUGUGCCGCCCCGUCCUCCUGCUUCCCACAAUCCUCAGGGGCAUCGUUCACAAACGCCUGGCUGAGCAGGACGGCUACCAGCUGUGUGAGCCAGAGACCCUGAGCCCGUCUGAGCACGCGGCCCGGAUGCAGAAGGGCGAGGUUCUGGAGGAGUGUGACCCCAACACACACUGCUGUUACACCGUGCAGGGGGUCGAGAAGAUCAUGAAACGUGGCACUCACUGUGUUCUCCCGCUGGGGCUGGAUUGUGUCCGGCGUCUGCAUCGCUCUGAGAUUUUCCCCAUCAUCAUCUUCAUCGCGUCUACAGACCGCAGCGCUCGCAGGUUCAAACACAAACUGCGUCAGCACGACCUAACGGAGACUCAGCUGCUCGAGUGUUCCCGGAGCGAGGAGCCUCUCCUGGACAAACUGCCCUGCCUGUACCGCAGGGUUCCUCCCGACAGCUGGAACGACAUCGCCGCCCUGCUGGACAACCUGCAGCACAUCGUCCGGGAGGAGCAGCGCAAAAUCGUCUGGGUCGAGCCGGACCUCUGGUGAUGAACGCGCAGAGAACUUAUAAAUGCUAAUAAUACUACUAAUAAUAAUAUAAAUAAAAAACACUAACCCUAACACUACAAAAUGAACGAAUACUUCUCAUCACCUGGAGGUCACAUGACCAGGCCAGGUAAAUUCCCGCGCUGAAGAUUGAAACACCUGGUGUGUGAUGGAGGAAUGUGUUAAUAAUUAUUAUAAAUACGUGAACGUGUUAAUGGCUGGUGUUGGUGAGGGGCAGAAAUGCACAAAAUGAAACUUAACCCCGUUUUAAAUUUUAACUUAACUGCUGUUUAAUAUUUUAUGUUUCAGUGUUUUUCUUUGAACUCUAAACUUGUAAAGGCGUAAAGUGUGAAAUGUUUCCUCGAGUGCAUUAACCCCAGGAGACUUUAGUUAAACACUGUACUGAGCGUUGUUUUGUGAAUGUUUGUGAAUUUUCAGCAAUUUUUCAGAAAACAUAUUUAAGUGUCAUAUUUUUUACAAACAGUAUAUAUAGUUACACACACACACACACACACACACUGGUCUGGUGAUCACUGACUGGAAUCACAACUUCACAAAUUUUAUUUUUAACGAAACACAUUUUAUCUUUUAUUCUUUAAAUCUUUUUCUUAUUGUUUUAGAAUUCGUAUGAUGGAAAUUUUAUUUAGUGACUAAAUUGAGUAUUUAUAUUCAAUAAAUAAAAUGAAAGUGGUAUAAAUAUUAAUUUAAUAAACAUUUAGUUACAUGAAAAAGUUGUGCUUG